AUGAAGACCUUGGUUCCCACGGCUCUCCUGCUGCUCCUGGCCAUCCUGGUCCUGACCAGGCAUCCAGAGGGUUCACACCCUCUGUUCUAUUUGCAAACUCUCCUCACUGGGCUUGACCUCCUGGAGCCCCAACUCAUCUAUGCUGUCUACAUUAAUGACAUUCAUAUUGAGAUAUUCAACAGCAGAGAGGAGCCUCCGAGGAUGGAGCACUGUGCGCCGUGGGUGGAUCAGCAGAAGCCAGAGUACUGGGAGAAGGAGACCGAGAAUAUGCUUAGUAUGAUGCAAGUACACAAGAAUUUAAUGAAGAAAAUAUUUGGCAUCUACCAUCUAAGUGGAGCUGGAAAUCACACACUGCAGAUCCUGAUGGCCUGCCAUGUGUUGUCUGGAGGGUACUUCAGUCAUGGACAAUAUGAAUUACUCUUCAAUGGCCAUGAUUACAUUGCACUGAAUGAGGACCUGAGAACUUGGACUGCAGUUGGCAAGGCAGCAGAAAUGGUGAGGAAAGAAUGGGAGACGACAAGUUUUGCAAAAUAUUUGAAGAAUUACUUGCAGUAUGAAGGUGUGAAGUUGAUCCUCAGACAGCUGGUCUAUGGGAAGGAGAUUUUGCUAAGAACAGAUACCCCUAAAAUUCAUGUGACCUGUAAGGUCAGAGCUGAUGGGAAAAUCACUCUAAGGUGUUGGGCCCUGGACUUCUACCCUGCUGAAAUCACCCUGACCUGGCAGAGAGAUGGGAGCAACCAAACUCUGGACAUGGAUGUGAUAGAGACCAGGCCUGCAGGAGAUGGAACCUUCCAGAAGUGGGCAGCUGUGGUGGUGCCUUCUGGGGAGGAGCAGAGAUACACAUGUCAUGUGGAUCAUGAGGGCCUGCCUGAGCCCAUCACCCUAAGAUGGGAGCCUCCUCAGCCCUCUGUCCCCAUCAUGCCAAUUGUUACUGGCCUGGUUCUUGGAGCUGUGCUUAUGGGAGCUGUGGUAACUUUUUAA